AUGAUGACCCUAAUGCAUUACAUCUUGCUUGUCUCGGGUGUUAUUAUUUCAAUUCACUACAUUAUGAGCUUUAUGUAUGAGGAAUAUGGAAAGAAAAAUGAACUGGUCCGAAGUCAAAACCUCUACAAAACACCCGCGCCCGACGAGUACUGCAAGCCGGAUUCGCCCGUGCACUUACAAGAUCGCAAAGCGAACACCUCAAUUGUUGUACUUGAAAUCAUGAGCAGUAUGAAGCAACUCGAGGAUAGGUUCAACAGAAAUUACAUAUGGACCUUGACCAAUGCCAUGGUCAAAUUUGGUCUCAUCCCAUCCGACCAUUGCCAUCAACCAUCGUGGAUUGAUGGAGAACAAGCAAGCAAGUCUUGCGAUGACAUGAUUAAGAACGAUGUGAUUUAUGGAGGUAGAUAUUGGAAUAUGUGUCGCUUCAAUUCUGGUUUCUUCUAUCGACAUGAGCUCUUGCAGAAGUACUGGUACUAUUGGAGAGUCGAGCCAGACAUCCAGCUUUUCUGCGACAUGGACUAUGAUACCUUUCUCAUGAUGCAAGACCAAAACAAGGUGUAUGGAUUUACCAUGGCAAUAUCUGAAAUACCAGCUACCAUCCCAACACUAUGGAAUGUUGUAAAGUCUUUCAUUGAUGCUAAUCCUGACUUGGUAACUCCUGGAAAUGUGAUGGAAUUUCUCUCUGAUGAUGGCAGGGAGUCCUACAGUCUGUGUCACUUCUGGAGCAACUUUGAAAUUGCAGAUCUUGACUUCUGGCAAGGCAAGGCAUAUUCAAAAUUCUUCGAAUAUCUUGAUGAGCAGGGUGGAUUCUAUUAUGACCAUUGGGGAGAUGCACCAGUUCAUAGCAUCAGAGCUGCACUGUUCACAAAGAAGGAACAAAUUCAUUUAUUCAAUGACAUCGGGUAUCAACACGACCCAUUUAAGCACUGUCCACAGGGAGAUGUGCACACGAAAGGAAAAUGUUGGUGCGACCCUGAUAAGAGUGUUGACUAUCAGAUAUAUUCAUGCCUUAACCAAUAUGAUAAGCUAUUCCCAUAGACCAAAACAUCAGUGCUGUCAUGGCGUAUGUUCUUAGCAGUGAGCAAUGUGUCCAUAUAUGACACUCGAUGCUGCACUCCACGAUCUGCAGUGUCU